AUUUCUUCCAAAGCAAAUUGAAAUAUCCAAAUACAAAACAAAUGAUCUCUAUUCACACCUUACUGCCAUAAGAAAUAUCAUUUAUUCUUCUCCAUGCAAGCCCACAACAGAGCACCUUAUCACCACACGUACCCACGUGACCGAUAAGCACGACCCCAACUUUCCCCUCACCAACAACCAAACCGCCAUUCAGAAUAGUAAUCCCAUCCACCAGCAAUUCCCCCUUCCAAUCCACUGGCACCCGCCACCCACCACUCACCACGCCAUGAAAAUGGUCCCAUGGCGACAGCAGACGACAAUGACCUCACCUUCUACCCGGCAUACUGCUUCAAGGCAUCCCCCACCCACUUCACCUGGGUGAAGAUGGCGGCCAUCGACGUGCUGAAAUUGAAGAGGCGGGCGGGAUAUGACCACUCCCCACAACCACAAUUCCCAUACCCCCGACCCCCACCCCCAAACCGCAAACUAACACCCCACCCCCAAACAGACCAAUCCACCUACUUCUACAAAAACCACCCCAUCCAACACAUCUCUAUCCUGGGGCUAAUAACCGCACGCACCGAACUCGCGCGCCGAACGAUCCUCACAAUGGACGAUAGCAGCGGCGCCACGAUCGAGAUAGUGGUGUUGAAAGCCACCUCACCACCCAACCCCUCGAGCUCCCACAACCCCAAUCCCAACCACAACCACAUCUCCAGCACAACCCACCUCCCCCUCGACAUAACCGCCCUACACCCAGGCACCCUGACCCAAAUCAAAGCGACAAUCAGCACCUUCCGGUCCACAAACCAACUGAACGUGGAGCGGGUGUUCGCGGUGCGGGACACGAACGCGGAGAUGCGGUUCGUGGAUCAGCGGAGCCGGACGCUGGUGGAUGUGCUGUGCGUGCCGUGGGUGGUGGGGGCGGGGGAGAUGGAGAGGCUGCGGGUCGAGGCCGAGGAGGAGGAGGAGAGGGUGGUGGAGGAGCAGGAGCGGUUGAGGAGGCGGCAGAAGAGGAAGUUGGAGAGGGAGGAGAGGGAUUGGAGAAGGAUUAUGCGUGACUGGGAGAGGGAGAGGGAGAGGGAGAGGGAGAGGGAGAGGGAAGUAGAGGGGGGAUGA